AUGUUUUUAUUAAUACUAUUUUAGAUAGUGUUUGCUUAAAUACAAGAAAUUGAUUGUGAUGUAAUUAAUAAAUUACUAGAAAGAUGUAAUAUUUUUAUAUCAAUUUAGAUAGAAUAUGAGAUAUAAUAACCAAUUAUUUUAUUAUUUUACUUCAAAUAUGGUGCUAUAUAUUAAUAAAUCAAAUCGACUUGGUUGUAAUUUAUGUUUUUAAUUUAGACAAUAUUCUCAAAUUUACUCUUAAUAUUAAUUUAUGUAAUUAGAUAUGAAAGAGUAUUCAGAAUAAUGCAUUGUUGGAAUUUUUGAACAUAAUUAUCUUCCAUAUGGAAUCUACAUAAAUGACAAAUACGAAUUUCACGCUGAACUAAUUCGUGAAUCUGCUCAACUUAUGGAAUAUUUAGAAUAAACAAAAAAGUUUGAAUUCAAUCCUUUACCUAAGUUUAAUAAAUAUAGAAAAUUGUAGAAUAUGUUAUCAAAUUACAUUUUUGUAAAUAUCAAUUAUUAAAAUAGAUUUAAAGCAUUAAAGCAAUAGGAGUUGUAGCAUUAAUAAUUUUUGCAAUUUGGUUUAGAUUAUAAAUUUACAAAGAUAAGGACAAAGAAGAAUGA